AUGGCGUUAGAUGACCAGCUCUUGUUUUUCCAAGAUCUCGUUGUCAAGAUUAAGACGUUGUCAGUCAGUGAAAAACCGACACAGAUUGGCGAAGCUCUCAACGUGGUACAGCACACUAUGGCAAAUGACCCAAACUGCGCUCGCCAAGUCGAGGUGCGCAACUCUGCUAAAGUUGUUAAGUUCUGGAUUAGUGGAGCUCGAUGCGACAAUGAUCUGGGCGACGAAUACGAAAAAUAUGCGUACAAUUUUGCUGAUUAUGGCUACAAAUCCAGCGACAUCGACCACGCUGAAUGGCAAAGUAGUAAAAAGAGAGAACAGUUCACGGCAUAA